ACUUAAUUGCACGAAAUGACAUCCAUGAUCCAACAUUACCUCGUUAACUAAAACAAGUUUCCCUCCCAAGUCCUACCAUUCAACUGAAAAACCUACCAGUCUUCAGAGAGAUAGUGUGUAAAGAACCGAGUGAUGGAUUACAAGAACCCAAAAACCCAUUUUUAUUUGUUUGUUUACCUCUAACUCGCUCACCCAACACUGACUCACUGAGUCGUGCACCAAGUCAUGCUUAAAGCUCGUAAAGUGUUCUCAAAUCCACCCAGAAACUCAGGAUCCGAACCCGGGUUCGAGAUGGACACAUAUAAACCUCAUCAGGAGGAAUGUGAAGGUGUUAGGGUUCGAACCCGGGUUCAUAAACCCGGGUCUGCUUCUAAUUUGGAAAAUUUUGUGGAGGAUGAUGACAAAAGGUCUGAUCUUGAGUACGAGUUGACACAAGAGGUAAUUAAUUUGGAGAAAUUGCAAAACAUAGCUAGUACAGGGAUACCGGAUGAAGGAAGUCUUCGUGCAACAACUUGGAAGCUGCUCUUGGGCUAUCUACCUCCCUCCAGACACUUAUGGAAGAAAGUGUUAGCUGAACAUCGUUUAAGAUAUUUAGAGCUAAAAGAAGAAUAUCUACUAAGUCCUUCACAAAUUUCAAGUGGAAAAGAGACUUCAAGUUCUAGAGAGCAUGGAGAUGGACCACUUAGACGACAUGAUGUAUCUGAUCAAGACCAUCCACUUAGCCUUGGAGAAGCUAGUGUCUGGCACAAAUACUUUGAGUACACAGAGAUUGCAGAGCAAAUUGAUCGGGAUUUGCAACGUACACACCCAGAGUUGAUGUUUUUCUCGAGUGAUUCGUCAUCGAGCAAGAAAAAUAAGGAGUCAAUGAGGAAUAUUCUUCUUUUGUUCGCUAAGCUCAAUCCUACUACUCAUUAUGUGCAAGGGAUGAAUGAGGUUUUGGCACCAAUGUACUAUGUAUUUAGUACUGAUCCUGAUGCAGAAAAUGCUGAAAAUGCAGAAGCUGAUAGUUUUGCUUGCUUUGUUCGACUCUUGAGUGAUUCAGUGGAUCACUUUUGCCAACAGUUAGAUAAUAAUAGUUCCGUGGGAAUCCACUCGACCCUAUCAAGAUUCAAAGAGAUGCUAAAAGCCAACGAUGAAGAGCUCUGGCAGCAUCUUGAAUUGACGACCGAGGUUGAUCCACAAUUUUAUGCAUUCAGAUGGAUCACAUUGCUAUUGACUCAAGAAUUUCCAUUGAAUACCAUUUUGAGAAUAUGGGACUCGCUUUUAAGCAAUCCGUCUGGCAUUCAGGACAUGCUUCUAUGUGUAUGUUGUGCGAUGCUAAUAUGCGUGAAGAAUAGAUUGCUGAGUGGCGAUUUUGCAGCAAACUUGUAUCUUCUAUUGCACUAUCCCGAGGUUGACAUUGAACACCUUCUUCAGGUAGCGAGAGAUGUCGUUCCUGACACCUCCACGCAUCGUGUUUCUUAGCAAUGAAUACCUUGUACGUACCUGUUUCUAUGUCUUGAUAUAGCUUGCAUCACGCCAAACAGAACUUGUGCAUAAGCUCUAUUUUGUAUUUACAUGACUCUGCAUCAGUUUGGCAACAUCAAGUGAUUCAGAACUUCUAUGAAAGCCAUAUGUUAUAUGUCAACCUGGACAAUUCAAGCUUUCCUUCAUAACCAACGGAUGGCAAGUAUUUCCCAAUGUCAUUACUGCAUUAAAUUUUCUUUA